AAAUUUCACUUUUCGCAUCUGCGCCCACUUAAGUUUCUUUGCUGCUUCCUUAGCUUGUCUUGGAGCUCUGAGUGUGAUGGAGGCUGGAGAAAUUCUGCGCCAAAUUUAUUCUUUCAAAUGCGAGGUUGACAAGGUCAAUGAGGAAAUUGGGCUAACUAUUCGGAAUACAAGACAGAUAGAAUGUGAGAUUAUAAAAUGCUCCGAAAUUGAAAGGAGUUGCUUCAUGAAAGAGUCUGAAUUGGCAAAGAUGGUGUCAAUUGCAGAAUUUGAGCUGAAUGAUUUGAUCCCACUGGCUGCUUCCAGAAAGACCUCUGCUGAACAGAUAGACAAAGAGCUAGAAAUGCUUAAAAAGAACAUGGAUGAGACCAAACAAAGAAUCUCAGCCAAGAGGGAGAAAUUCGUUGAACUAUGUGAUAGUUUCCAGAAUGAUAUUGGGAAAGGGAAUAAUGAUGAGUUAACUAUAAUAUUGUCGGAGAAAAAGGCACUUGAGUCUGAAAAGCAUGAUCUGAAUAUGAAAAUCCAUGCCCUACAAACUUCAACAAGAGAAUACCUUGAGGAGAUUCUUGAAGAAAUUCAAAAUUCAAGUUCUGGUUUAGAGGCUGAGAUACAACGUCGAAUGUCAGAAAAGGCGGAGCUUCUCAAGGAUAUCGGUGACUUGAAGAAUCUAUUGUGUUCAAUAAGUCUAUCAGAAGAUUCCUCCAUGAAAAGUUAACAGGACAUUUUUCUUGAACCAGAAGCAAUUGAUCGUCUGCGAAGUAAGCAGUCUGACAAUCUCUCUUUGUGCCUCAAUGACAUCAUACAAAUUAUACUUAGAGUUAAGCAACAAUGAGCAAGGAUGAAGGAUCACUCAAAAUUUUCCAACACAACUGCCAAAAUAUGCAUAUUCAUUUGUGUAAUAAUUCAUUUGUGUAAUAAUUCUUUUUACAGAUUAUACUUGAAGUUAAGCAACAAUGAGCAAGGAUGAAGGAUCACUCAAAUUAGACAACACAAUUGCCAAAAUAAAUAUCCAUAAUUCAUUCAUUAAAUA